UGCAACUCUUCUUCUUUCAUCAUCCUUUCUGUUUUUGCUUCAUCCGUAACUUCAUUAAGAGAAAUCUAAAAUGGUAUCAGAACACUAAGCAAAGAAGGCGUAAUCCUCUAUCAUGGCGUGGCAAAACACAUCCUCCAUUCCAGGCAUCGGAACUUCGGCACUUCCUACGAUUUGUCCGCAACAAGCACAUAAUCGGACUGCUCCGAUCAAUCAAGCUGCUCAAAACGCUCCGCAAGCACCUCACAACCGAGAAGAUGAGCCUAGGGUCGAAAUCACGGUCAAUCCGCAAGACACCAGCAAUCCAUAUCACGUCUCUACUAGCGAAAAUCCUUCACAAACUCUAGUUUCCGUUUUACUGAACGGAAACAACUAUUAUCCUUGGGAGAGAGCCAUGCACAUGGCUCUACUGACGAAGAACAAAUUGGAGUUUGUAAAUGGAGAAAUCAAAAGGUCGGAGAAGAGAGAAAGGAGUUUCCCUGCAUGGUGCAGAGCUAACAACCUUGUGCUCUCAUGGAUCUUGCACUCUGUUAUUCCAAGUGUAGCUCAAGGAGUUCUGUGGAUGGAGACUGCGGAAGAGGUCUGGAAUGAUCUCAAGGAACGGUACGGCCAGGGCGAUGCCUUCAGAAUCGCCGACAUCAAUGAAGAAAUAUAUCAUCUGAUGCAAAGAGGCAAUACUGUGAGUGAAUUCUAUUCUCAGCUAAAACUCUUAUGGGAUGAACUAUAUAAUGUUAGGCCUCUCCCCAUAUGCACUUGUGAUCCUAAAUGUAGCUGUGGAGCUUUUGACAAAAUCAAAAACCACAUUCAAGAUGAUCAAACUGCUAGGUACCUAAAAGGGAUAAACAGUCAACUCUAUGGAGGGGUGAGGUCACAGAUCCUGUUAAUGAAACCACUCCCAAGCAUGGGGGAAUCCUGUUCCAUGUUACAGGUUCAGGAGAGGCAAAUUUUCCCUAACACACCAUAUAUUGAGAAUCUGGUAAACAAUACCCCUCCUGCUGAUAACAAUGUGAUAAACACAAACUAUGCCAAUGCCUCUUUUGCCAAGACAAACCAAUCUGGAAAUAACAACAGGAGAUUCAAUAAUAAUAAGAAGAAGACUGUUGUGUGUAGCUUUUGUGGCUUUACAGGUCACACCAUUGAGAAGUGUUACAAAAAACACGGUUACCCUCCUGGUUAUAGAGGGAAAGGGAAAGCUGGAGGGGUAGCUAAUGCUGCUCAGGUGUCACAAGCUCAAGAUGACACUGACUACACAAGAGGUUUCACCAGAGACCAGUAUGAGAAGAUUUUGUAUCUCAUUGGCAAAGAAGGACAAAAUUCCAAUCCUACACCAAAUUUCUCGUUAGGACCGAACCCCCCUUGGUGGCAAAUCAAGUCAAUGUUGCUGAUUGUGACGUUGGAUCACACAAAGAGCCUUAUGGACUCUCAAUCAUGGAAGAUGAUUGGACUAGCUGAACAAGAGGAAGGCCUAUACAAGCUUGUCUCACCAUCAUUUAAUUUACUGUUCCUGUUAAUUCUGAUGAUAACACCUCAAGUAGACAUGUUAUUCCUCAUAAUGUUUUUGCUGUAAAUACUGUGAAUAAAACUGUCAGUGGCAUGGACACUUGGCACUAUAGACUAGGACAUCCAUCCUACCCAAGAGUUAAAGUGUUACAAGGCUUAGAUCCUUCAAUUUGUACCUCAAGAAACACUAUAUGUGAAAUAUAUAUCAUUUUGCUAAACAAAAGAGACUGCAGUUCCCCCUGAGUACUUCAACCACUAAUAAUUGUUUUGAUUUGAUUCAUGUUGAUAUUUGGGGGCCUAACCGUGUAUCCUCAAUUUAUGGUGAUUCUUUCUUCCUCACCAUAGUAGAUG